CAAACCAGCAGCACAAGUGCCCAAGGAGGGCGACUCGCUCCUGCAGAAGAAGCACACCCCGUUUAGCUUUCCACGCGUCAAAGCGAAGUCGUCAAGGUUGAUUUGUAGCAGUUGCAGACACUGCUCUCCCUCUGCACUCGCGAGCAGAGAGCGAGGCAGCAGUGCGAAGCUAAAGAGCGAAUACAUGGCAUCGCUGCUCGACCGCAUAGGAGACGCUCCGAUCGCAGACGCCAGCUCCGACGAGCUGCGCUCGGCGGUCGAGGCGAUUGCCAACGCGAGCAGCGAUGCGUACACGGAGUGGGCCCGGCGGACGCUGCAGAUUGCGGUGCACGACUGCUACCGGUUGAGUGGUGGCGGAGGCGAUGACCGCGGCGUCGUCGCGGCGCGCGCGAUCGACGCGUCGCCGUCGCAGCCCGUCGAGCUCGUCGUGGUACCGUUCGACGCGAUGCUGCACGCGACGGCGGCGCUGGUCUGCAACUCGCAAGCCGAAGCGGCGGCGGCGAAGGCGUUCGCCGUCGUCGCAAACAAGCUCACGAGAGAAGACGACGUGCUCGCGUGCCGCCUGCUCUUCGAGCGGCACCUGGGCGACCGCUCGCGGUGGUUCCAGCACGUGCGGCGCCUGCCCGACAUGCCCGACCACUGUGUCCUGCGCUGGAGCGACGCGGAGCUCGCGGAGCUCGCGGGCUCGGACGCGCGGCUCAUGGCGGCCAGAUGGCGCGAGCAGGUCGCGGCCGAUUUCAAGGAAAUUGAAGCCGCCGCCGCCGCCGCCGGUCCAAAGCGCGAGGCGUUCCCCUGGCUCGAGGUCGACGCGUACCGUUGGGCGAUAAGCAUGGUCUUCAGCCGCGCGAUCACGGUGCGACGCGGCGCGGGCGCGAUCAAAGCGCUCGUGCCGGUCGUUGACAUGUUUAACCACGACCCGGCGGCGCCCACGGCGCACGCCUUCGACGCGGCGCGCGACGCGCUCGUCGUCCGCCGCGAGGCGCCGGCCGCGGCGGGCGCCACGCUCUCGAUCGUCUACGAGCACGCGACGGCCUCGCGGCUCCUGCUGCUGUACGGGUUCGUACCGCCGCUGGCGCAGACGCAGCACGCAGGCCGCGACGUCUUCGCGGGCCUGGCGCCCGACGCGCCGAAUCGCGUCGAGAAGCUCGCCGUCCUCGCCGGUUUCGGCGUCAAGGCCCAGGCCGCGGGCGAGGAGCCGUUCGUCGUCUCGGAGGCGGACCCGCUGCCCGACGCGCUCGCGCUGACGCUCUACGCGCAGCGCUGCGACCUAGACGCGCUCGGCCGCCUCGUCGCCGACCGCGCAGACCGCGACGCGGCGACGGCGCGCGCGGGGCUGGGCGACCUCGUCGCGGCGUGCGACGCCAUGCUCUCGGGCUACCCGUCCAGCGAGGCCGAGGACCUCGCGGCCCUCGCUGACGGCGGCCUCGAGCCGCGGCGCCGGCUCGCGCUCCUCGUCCGCGUGCCAGAGCGGCGCGCGCUCGUCGCCUGUCGCCGCGAGGCGGCCGCUCGGCGCGAGGCGGUCGCAGACGUCGACUAG